AAGGGAAAAUGAGUAUGUUGCGUGUUUGUGUGUGUAUGUAUAUUGACGCCGUACACACCUGCAACGCGCACGCUAAAACUACUAAUAAAAAAAAUAUAUCAAAAAAGAACAUAUUGAUAAACUCCCCGCAAAACCCCCCAAUUCAACUCACUGCUGGCUUAAUAGCAUAUCACUCUCCUCUGUAGCUCCCAAUGCUACGCUGAAUCAGGAGCUUUGCAUAUGGCAAUGGAUGCUCAAAUGCAAGAUGCAUUAUCAUCCCCUCCUCAAGUUAAAGCAACAUUUCGCCUUGGAUCUGAAACAUACUCUGUUGAGGUAUGUAAAGGGAUUCUAUCUGAGCAAUUGAUCUCUAUGAAAGAGCAAAGUGAGACUGUACUGAAGGACUACAUCACCAAGCAUAAUGUUCCAAAUGAGGUCCCUUAUGAACCAGAAGAAAAUUCUUCAGAAGAUGAUGGUGAAAUCCCCGAGCAGCUCCCUGUAAAAUCCAAGAAGCGCAAGUAAAUCUAUUUCUUCCUUUUAUACGCUUAUGUCGUUGUACAACAACAACAACAACAAGCCCAGUAUAAUCCCACCAUGUGGGGUCUGGGGAGGGUAGAGUGUACGCAGACCUAACCCCCACCUUGAAAGGGUCCAAGUGCUCGGGUCUCAUCCAGAUGGAAAAUGUAUAUGCCGCUGAAGAUGAAGCAGGUCCGUGGCAAUGGCUUCUUGGAAAGAAUACUACAAGCAUAGUUCUUCACAAUACAGCCAGAUGCAUUCCGCUGCUUCACCAAUGAUGUCAAAAUCAGUAAUUCCAUUGACCAAAGGCCACGUAACCUAGUUGCAAGUGCAGAGGAAAGCUAUUCUGACAUAACAACAAUUGAGUACAUAAUAUUUUGCAAAUCAACUGGAAGGCAGUAUGAACUGCGAGAAUGUUACCUGAUCUUAAUUCUUGUUGUUAGCUGGGAAAGGAGGUACUUCCAUUUGAAGUGAUGUGCUUGCCCCUUACUGGAGUUUUUGCAUCGCUCUUUCCACAAGAAGACCUAAUGAAGUUGUGACCUUGGAGCCUCUGCUGCUAUUUUGAUGAACCAUGGCAUGGCCAGAUGAUUGCUAUUUUCGUUGUUCCUCACACAGUUUCAGACUUUUUGGACAAUACAAUAGAUAAUUUUACCAGACUAGGAGUUCAACCUGUGUAAUAUUUGACCAAACGAACUGUCAAUUGAUGAGUCAGCUCAUUUCAUUAUUACUGAGAUCAAAAACUUGGAGCAGAUCAAAGUGAAAUCAAGGUUUUGAUAGCAACAGAAAUCCUCAAAGUCAAGUCUCUUGAAGAAUUCAGUAAUGUGCAAGCAAUUAUACCCUUUCUUAUAUUUCACUCAGGUAUACAACUUAAAAGAGCAAAACAAGAGAAAACGAAGAGAAUAAAAAUAGUGCAGGCCACAUAACAGAGUAUACUUGUUUUGGUGCCAGAACUAGUUUCCGUUUUUCUUUUCUUUUCUAUCAGUAGACUAAAUUGAAAUGUCAUCACCUUUAAUUAAUAGCAUUCAACUCAAUAAGCCGUAAAAUCUCAUGCAUUUUUCUACUUGAGGUUGAUGUGUAUAAUUAAAGGAGAUGACAUAUUUUAUGUGAUCAAUUUAACUACCUAACAGACAAAUGAAAAUAUACCCAAUUAUUUUUGCAAAAUUUGAACCAAAAGUGUUUAAUUGAAACACUUUAUUAGAAGUUGAGUAAUUGAAACAAGGCUUAGUUUGAGUAUUUAAAUUAAAUAUCUUAACAAGUUUAAGGGAUAGUCCAUGUAUUAAGUUAAGUCCUAAUAAUCCAUCUCCUAUAGCGGAUGACAUUGUAUAGCUUCAUAAGCUUCCACCGCAGGGCUUUCAUCUUCAUAGCAUAAGAUUGCAAGUUCCUUAGCUAUUUAGUUUGUGAUUAGUGCACAUGCGUUGCCAGUUCUUUGACAUUCCCAAUUGUGGUGGAGGGUUCAAACUUCUUUAUAAGUAGCGUAACAUUCCCUUCCCUUUUCUCCUUUUGCUCUCCCUCACUAUAUAUAACAAAUUAAAACUAUAAAUUCAGCUAGUAUUUUAAUCUAAGCAAUUUUCAUAAAUUCAAAAUUCAAUUUCAGGGGUUGUGGACCUCUAUAACUUUUGGGACAACCUGCUGAGAUGGGUUUCAUUCUCAUGGAAAAUUUGUUUGUCUUUGCAGUAAUUAAGGUAUUGACCACUUGCCGUGCUCUUCAUUAUGAGUGGCAGGGUACUCGAAUUGAUUAUGUGUGGCAUAUAUAAGUACUCGAAUUGAUUAUGUGUGGCAUAUAUAAGUACUCGAAUUGAUAAUUCCAAUCUAGAGAGAAUAUUUUUUCAAUAAGAAAUAAAAUCUUUAGCUAGAUUAUAAUUAUAAUUAGUUUAAUUUGGGAUAGCUAAUCACAAGUUAUUCUGGAAGCAAUACUCUAUUUAUGACUAUAUUAUUUGCAUCUUUAAGCAUAAUCUCGCAAAAGAUCUUUAUAUCUAUUGAUAGUAUAUUUAUAGAGGUGGAUUCAAGAUUCUAAUUUUAUGAGUUCAAACUAUAGUACGGUUUUAUAGCAAUAUUGUACUUUUUAAGUUGUGGAUUCUAAUUAUGUACCAUUUACUGCAAUUUUAGUGAAUUUUACACAAUCAAUUUAUAUUCUACAUAAAAAGUACUGAAUUCAAAUGAACUCUCUAUCCGGAAGUUGCACCGACCCCUGAAUGUAUCAGUUAUAUCGAAAGCUCUUAAGAUAUUUUAGAUAUUCCGAACAUAUUUCAUAGUUCAACCCUUUUAUCAAAAGGUUAAAACUUAUCCGCACUAAUAUUUAUACCAAAUAUUUAAAGGGUGAACGCAUAAUUGUUAAUUUACAACAUCAUAUUGCCGCAAAAUCUUGUUAAAGUCAUUACCGGCGAUGCUUAUAUAUAUAUUAUCACUUAUGAGAAAAUAGUCAAAUACCCCCUCAACGUUUACUUAGAUUAAUUGUGACGCACCCAAUCUUUACGGGUGACCUGUUACGCACCCAAUCUUUACGAGUGACCUGUUACACCCAAUCUAAUUUUUUCAGUAUUUUAGUGACCUUUAAGUGGAUAUUAUUUAGUGACCCCCAUUUUUUUUAACUCACGUGCAGUACACGCAUUUUUAAAAAUUCCAAAUCAUCAUUUUACACUCCUUUUACCUUUUACCCACCUAAACUUUAACCAAACUAUUAUUUCACUCCUCUCUCUCUCUCAUCGAUUUGUCAAUCUAUCUUCCACUAUUUACCUUGAAAAUUUUCAAUCCAUCUACCAUUUACUCUAAUUCGCAUAAUAUUUAGUGAAUUCUAGGGUCGUUUUUGCAUUCUCAAGUUUGGUUGAAUUUUAAUUUUCUCAAGGAAGCUAUCAGUCGCGAUUUUGCAGAAUUUUUCCUUUUAUGUAUUUUUUAGUGUAUUUCUCUACUAAUAUAGUUUGCUUGCUAGGGUUUUGACACAUUAAAUUAUUUGUUUGCAUUUUAGGCUUUUCAAUCGGGUUGUUUGUAAAAUUAGGGUUCUUUUAGUAGAAUAACGUAACUGAACGAGUAACUAGGGGUUUGUUACUAAUUGCUGCUGAUUUUGUUAAAAAUCAUAUCUUUGCCUUUGAUGUUGCUUGUGUUAAGUAUUGUUGCUUUGUAAUUUAGGGGUUUUGUUAAAUAUUGUUGCUUUGUAAUUUAGCGGUUUUGUUAAAUAUUGUUGUUUUGUAACUUUCAGGUAUGACUGACUUUAUUUAUGUUACUUUGAGAUGGUUUUAUGGUGGGGUAUUUGAUUUUAGUGGUGGUGUGCCAAGAUAUGAGGGUGGUAAUUGUACAGAAUUCUUAGAUGUUGAUGUUGAUUGAUAGGUUGUCAUAUUUUGAGCUUAGGGACUACAUAAAGGAAGUAGGUAUAUUCCAAGUUGUGCUUUUAAGGUGAAGCCCCCUGGUAGUGACAUUCUUGUAGAUAUACUUAGUGACAAGGAUAUUUUGACCUUUCCCUAAGUUUGAAAGAUGGGGACAUUGCGGAGAUAUAUGUCUGCCACAUGGUGGAUGAACCACAUGUGCCCCUAUUGCCAUUGGAAUAUAUUGUUGCCAACAACCAAACAAAAAGUGAUGCUUUUAAUAAAGUUGGUGAGGGUAUCCAAUGUGAACCAAAUGGUUGUCAAAGCAACCCUAAUGAGACCCCAGCCACUAAAAAUACACCACUUGACACUCCAGCCAUUACUACUUCACUCUUUCAAUUUCCCACUACUACUUCACCCUCUCAAUUUCCCACUAAUUCUUCAACCCCACAAACAGAAGUUGCUGAAAAUUCACCCCAACAAACUGAACCUGCAGAUAGUGAAAAUGCAAAUCAAGUAAGUAGUGACCAUGUUGAUGAGGAAUCUGACUCAAUAGAUUCUGAUGUAGAAUCUGACCAUGUGGCAGUAUUUGAUAAUCCAGAUGGUGAUGAUGGAUCUGAUAUACAUGAGGAAGUUAAAACAUUUAGGGCUGAAAGGAGGGCUUAUAAGAGAAGGACUAGAAGAGAGAAAAAGGGGAAAUCUAACCCUGAUGAUGUACCUUUAGGUGAAGUUGAACAAGACAUAGGAUUUGAUGAAACAGAACCUAACAAUAGAGGUUUAGAAGGAAGGGUAGGUGGUGAUGAACCUUUUUACUUUAGUUCUAAUGCAUGUAGUUGUACAUCUGAGGAGGAUGAUGUUGAGGAGGGGGUAAACUUGAAAGCUAGAAGGGAAAGUAAAUACAUAAGGUUUGACCCUGCAUGUAAGAAGGUAGUAUGGCAACUUAGUAUGAUUUUUCAGAGUGUUAAUGAGUUUAGAGAUGCUGUGACUAGAUAUUCACUUCAGAAGCAUAUUCCGUUAGAUAAGUUUGUGAAUGAGCCUUCAACGGUGAAGGUCACAUGUAGAGAUGGUUGUCCUUGGUUAAUUUAUGCUAAGCUGGACAAUUCAACCAAGAAUUUUCAAAUCAAAACAUACUAUCCUAAACAUAAAUGUGUUUAGACGACAAGGAACUAUAUGUGCAUUUCUAAGUACCUUGCUAGCCACUACAAAGAUAGAAUUACUGAACAACCAAAAAUCAUAAUUUGCAAACUCGAAGAGGAAAUUAGGAAGGAACUUGGUGUACAUGUUGGCAGGUCCACUAUUAGGAGAGUUAGAGCUAAGGUUUUACUAGAGAUCAUGGGUGAUCAUGUAGAAGAGUUUGGAAGAAUACUUGAUUACAGAGAUGAAGUGUUGAUAACAAAUCCUGGAAGUACUUGUGUGGUGAAAGUGUCUCCUACAGAAUUUGCUGAAGAUGGUAGGCCUUGCUUCUUAGGUUUCUACAUCUGUUUUGAUGCCUUGAAAAGGUCAUUUUUGAGUGGUUGUAGAAAAUACAUUUGGUUAGAUGGCUGUUUCUUAAAGGGGUGUAGCAAAGGGCAACUGCUAGUUACUGUGGCUAAGGAUGGCAACAACCAGAUGUUGCUAAUUGCUUGGGCUGUUGUGGAGUAUGAGAACAAAACCACUUGGACAUGGUUUAUGAAAAUAUUGAUUGAAGAUUUGAACUUAGGGGAUGGGACUGGUUACACAGUCAUUUUCGAUAUGCAGAAGGUACUAAACUCUUGAUUUAUAUUGUUUAUGUUGUUACACUUUGCUGAUUUAAACUGUUCCUUUUUAGGGGCUUCUUGCCACUAUAAAAGAGUUGCUACCAGAAGUGGAGCAGAGGUAAUGUGCUAGACACAUCCUUGCAAACUAGUCAAAAGAUUGGGGAGGCAAGGAGGCUGAUUUUCUGGCGAUGUGCUCGAAGCACAUUUGAGGAGAAAUUUGGACAAAUUGGAGCUGCUUAGUGGUAAGAAGAUUGUUGAGGAUUUACUCUACUACAAGGAACACACUUUCUGUAAGGUAUACUUUAAUACUGAAAUUAAAUGUGACAUCAUUGACAAUAAUAUGGCUGAGAGCUGUAAUGCUUGGAUCUUGGCUGCAAGACACAAGACCAUCAUAACCAUGCUAGAAGAGAUUGGUAUGAGAGUCUUUGUUGCUGAAAAUGGUUAUACAUCCCUAAAUGUAAGUUUAAUAUUUUCUUUACAAUAGCAUUGGUAUGUGUGAACUGACUAAUUUUCAAAUUUGUUUAUUGCAGCAUGGCAUGCCUUCUAGUAGAGUGUUGAAUUUUGGUGGUAAACAUCAAGCAAGCCAGCCUAUAAGGAGCCUGUUUGGAUGGGCUUAAAAAAAGUAGCUUAUAUAAGCCAAAAACAGCUUAUAAGCUGCUUUAGAUAAGCUAAGCCAAACGGGCCUAAUUAAUUUUUUGGGCUUAUUUUAAGCACAAAAUGGCUUUAAGUUGGUCAUCCAAACACUCAAAAAAACUGAAAAUAGUUUAUAGGCAACUUAUAAGCCAAUCCAAACGGGCUUAAGAUUUGCUGAAGUCACAGGAGACCUUGGUCACAAGGCAAGGCAAGGGAUGAGGUACACAGGAAAACCAUGCUACUCAACAAGGCCACUAGCAGCAAAGGAAAGGAGCCAUGGAAAUGAUGACCAUUAUUUGGAUGACAAUUAAGCUGUUUUGGAUAUUAAACACUUUGUAUUAUUUGCAUUACUUGAAUUAGGUUGUUUGGAAGACUUGAAUUAGCUGUGAGAAUGACUAUUAAACAUUUCUGUGAGUGUAAUGUUUUUGUGCUCAAUUAAGUGUUUGGAUGACUUAUUAAUCAUAGUUUACUUGUUAAGCAUACUUGUUAGUUCCAUUUGUACAGUGUAUUGAGCAGUGAUGCAUGAUUUCUGCAAUGUGUACAUUGAGCAGUGAAGUUAAAACUGUGCAGUGUGUGUACAAAGAAAUCUGGAAAGAUUUCAGUGCCAGCUUGAAUUCAUGUACAUUAACUGAAAUGAAUUCAGUCAGCAACCUUCAUUGGACGAUUCAAUUACAUUAAAUUGAAUUCAUGUACAUUGACUGGUAGUUGGGAAAACGAAUGGGAAUUGUAACAAUGCAUUCAAUGUCACCGACCUAUAAAAAGGUUAUUAACCUUUACAUUUCAAUUCAUCCCUACAUACAAACAUUAUUUCAUAGCCAAAUGCCUCUAGGUGAAGAUGAACUGGUUUAUUUCGAGAAGAAACUAACCAAAUCAUACGUUGAGAACGAUGAUUUUGUAAGUGUUAUUUUUCAAAUUUAUUUCAAUUUACGUGUUUCAUUAUUCAUAAUGCCUCAUGUAUUUUGUGCAGAUCCUACCUUCUGACAUAUAGGAUUUUCUUCCAAACACAAAUAAACAAGCUGUUGUUCUCUAUGAGGAGCGUGCAUACAAUAUGACGUAUAAGGUUGGCGUGCAUCUCUGCCAAGGGUGGAAGGAUAUCAUCAAUGCAAACCGUCUUCAAGAGGGACAUGUCUUAUGUUUUAAUGGUUGUGAACAUAAUUAGAAAGUAACCUUCUUUGUUAAUAUCAAGAGGGAGGUUAUUGAAAUAGAUUAGGUCUCUCCCUAUUAUGUGAACUUUAUGAAUGAUCUAUGAAA